UCAGCAUCUCGGAACAAGUUCAUCAGCAUAAUUACACUUUUCUGAUUACAUUGGUCAUCGUCACAUUGAUAACAAACAAUUCUUUAGAUUCAUCAUUGAUUACAAUUUAACUAAUAGUAGUAAACAAACAAGAGAGAAUGGUCGAACAAACAAGAAUUACCACCACAACCACUCGUACAACCAUCACUUCUCCACCUGAAGUUGUUGUCCAUGGCAAGACAUUGAGCACCUCACACGGCUCCAAUAACAAACUCUACAAGGUUAUCAAACAUGGUGGUAUGGGAGUAUUCUCCCUCUCACUCUCUCGUAUUGCCUUGUAUGCUCCAUUCAGUGUCCAAAAGACUCUCAUAGCCAUAAGUGAUACACCAGAUCGUGAGGAUGAGGAAGCAUCUCAAUCCUCCACAUUCCAGAAACGUUUGUCUCAAUACUUUGAAAGACCAUUGAUGAAUAAGUUGGUCUUGUAUCAAUUGGGUCACAUCUUUUUCACAUCCUUGAUGAAUAGACAAACUUGGGUACCUUUGUCUUCAUAUAAACCAUUGGAACAUGCCAUCAUUUCUGCCUCAACAUUCCCAUUGUACUACAUCUUGUUGGAUCAGGAGAGUAGAUUAGUUACAAAGAGAGGUCGUUCAUGUGAAGUGAUUAAGGUUGAAGAUGGUGAUAAUACCACUUAUUGGCAAGGUUUUGCAAUUCAUGUAGCUCAUUCAUUCCUUGUUCAUUCAAUUAGUUUGGGUAUUAGUCAAAUGAUAUUGGGAAAUGAUGCAAGUCUGGGUAAUGUUAGUGAUGAAGCUGUCAAUAAUCAUGAUUCUUCAGAUCAUAGAGCUAAGGAAGUACUUGUUGAAACUCUUGGAAUGGUUGUUGGUCGUUUGGCUUGUUUACCACUUGAAAUUUAUUCCAAGCAACUCUUGUUGAAGAGUAAGCCAAAGAAGGAUCACUACUUGUCAACCUAUGUUAAGAGUGCCAUCUUGACUUUACCUCAAUGUACAACUUCAUUGGUUGAAUAUUGGCUUUAUCGUACCUUGAAUAGAUUCAUUCAAUAAUUAUGAAUGUUUGUUAUUGAGUUUUUAAAAAUACCUAGUAUUUUAUUAUUUGGAUUGUAAAUUUACAAAAUAAACUUAUUGACCUUUUG